UCGGGUUCCGAUGAUGGCGAAGACGUUGGUCGUUGUGGGCUCAGCGCACUGGAUCCAGGCAGUCUGCCUACCCGUCAGACCACCCAGUGUUCCGCCCGUCUGUCCAUCUGCCUGUCAGUCCACAAGAAACAUGUUACAGGAGAAGGAUGCGGAGUCGUUGCUAUGGGUUACGUCCAGAGUGGCGCUGUUCUGGCGUCUGGAUCAAGUACCUGGUCGCCUGCGAUGCAUAUCGGUCACUUUUUAACAUCUGAAAAUACGCACCAGUUAGACCUUGCUGACUCCGAAGUGGAGUCGUUUUACGUGGGCUGUUCAUGCAAUUAUAGGCCCCGAAUGACGUUUGUGUGCAACUUGUAAACAGCGAAGCAUGUAUAUUUCUAAGUGUGAAUCUGUUUUAUGGAGAAGGACUCAGUAUUUCUCGUUCUUGGAUGAGUCGGUAUUAGCUGUUAUCCCCUCACCACUUUGCUGCUCUGUGCUGUCCGUGUGAACAUACUGCACUUGAGUACAUAGUUUCUACAUACUGCCAUGUGUUUGGAUAAAGAUAGACCUCCUUAACGAGGUUUACGUCCUUAAAAUUCUCAGAAUAAUAAAGAGAACUUGUGAAUGGCAAAUGUUGAUAAGUCAGAAGAGGGACGUCCCUUUUUCGGAGACAGAGGAAGUUUGGUCGUCUUCUAGAUUGUUCUAUUGUGAGGAGCGCAAUUCUGUUGCACCAAAAUGUUAGAAAGGGACUAAACUGUUGCUUAAUCAUAUGCUCCUACUUCUGAUAGCUUCUUUUUAGUGGUAGCCUCCACAAUACACGGAGCUCAUAUUUCGUAUUAAUAUAGAUCAGAUCUUUUCAAAAUACCUUAAAGCAUGAGUUUGGUCUAAAUAGCUGCUGUGGAUGGUGGGCAUUCUGUCACAUGUUACUAGGCCAGAAGUUGCUGAGAUGAAUUAUGGGAGAGUGUAGGGGUGUGGUUGGGGGACAUUCAUGUGAAGGUGAACUUAAGUCUGUAAUUCAUUGCCUUUACAGGCAGGCUUAUGCAGCUAAAUAUUAUUUUUAGCUCGCAGUAUAACAAGGCACCCAGGCUUUGCUCUGUGUUCUUGAACUGCAUGCAGUUUACCUGGAGUUUAGGGAUCACAUGGGAGUCAUUAUUGUAUGAGCAAAAUUCUUAUUAUUCAGGUUUUUUUUUUCUUAAAUUUGCUUUGGGUGGGGUUGGCCAUCUCUACCUCUCGUCUAUGGUAAAUCGGUGUAUGAUUGAAUGGUCAAAAAGAAACUUUUUUUUUUUUAAAUUUCAGAGUCGACCGUACCACUUCAUUUGUAACCUAGAAGUUCAUGGUUAUGUUAUGAAUGGUAAUAGCUGAAACUGCGUAGGUUUUCAUGAGCUUUUUGGGGAUGGGCACCUUUUGUUAAAGUUGGACUUUAGCAUCAGCCACAAGUGACUUCUCACUUUAGAGGAAUUAAGCUUUAUUUAUAGUACAGCACUUAUUUAUAAAGAAUUUACACAGCAGUUGAUUUUUUUUAUUUUUUAUUUUUUUGUGUGUGUUUCUAAGAUUGUCUUCAUACUCCAGAAAUUGUCCUACAUUUUUAGUGAAUGUUGUACCUAAAAAUGUACUGUGAUGAUUCCUCUGUAUGAAUUAUUAUUAUUUAGGACAUUGAGUGGAAGUAAUAAAAUGACUGUUAUAAAGGAAUCUGGUUUUGUGUGUUAAUUUGCUGGUGCAGGGGGUGUGUGAGGUACUGUAAAAGGUGUGGUUCCUCCACCUUCUCUCCAUCCACACUAGGUCUAAUGUAGUCUUUCUUUGUCUUUGCUGUGUUGCAGGAAUGUUACUCUAGGCUUUGCUAGACCGGUCUACAGCAGCCUCCUGUGCUCCUUCUCACUAUAUGGCCCAUGGAUUUUCUAAACAAAAACUGAUAUUUUUUUUUGACCUGCAUGUGGACACAAGAGUUUCCAUUCUCACAGCAAACCAAAGGAAAAGCGCUUUUUUUGUUUGUUUUUUUUUUAACAGAUACUUAGUUGAAUUUAUAAAACUCACUCUGCUGGUUUUUAGUAUUUUUAGUUUCUCACCUCUGCUGUAAUCUCUGGUUUUCAGUAGCUGGUUGAACUUCCCUCCAUACGUGAGUAUAAAAUGGGGUCUGCUAUGGAAGCAGCAGACAUAACUGUCGUGGCACUGUACUUCGUGCUAGUCUUGCUCGUCGGCCUGUUCGCCAUGUGGAAGGCCAACCGCAGCACUGUGAGUGGGUAUUUUCUUGCGGGGCGGUCCAUGACUUGGACGGUUAUUGGCGCUUCUCUGUUCGUCAGUAACAUCGGCAGUGAACACUUCAUUGGCCUGGCGGGAUCAGGUGCUGCAAGCGGCUAUGCUGUGGGUGCCUGGGAGUUUAACGCACUCCUGUUGCUUCAGCUCCUUGGCUGGGUGUUCAUCCCUGUCUACAUCAACUCGGGGGUGUUCACGAUGCCCGAGUACCUCUCCAAGCGCUACGGUGGCAGGCGACUCAAGGUCUACUUUGCCGCCCUGUCACUUCUGCUUUACAUCUUCACCAAGCUAUCAGUGGACCUGUACGCCGGGGCACUCUUCAUCCAGGAGUCGUUGGGAUGGAACCUGUAUUUGUCUGUUAUCCUGCUGAUUGGCAUGACAGCCCUACUAACAGUCACAGGAGGCCUGGUGGCUGUUAUGUACACUGACACCCUUCAAGCUGUCCUCAUGAUUGCUGGGGCGCUCAGUCUCAGCAUCAUCAGCCUGGUGAAAGUCGGUGGUCUGGAGGGUGUGCGAAGCAAGUACAUGCAGGCCAUCCCCAAUGUCACUGCAAUCAUGGCAGCUGGCAACUUCUCCUACACUAACUCCUGCCACAUCCACCCCAAGCCGCAGUCACUCAAACUCCUGCGUGGGCCGCUGGAUGAGGACAUUCCAUGGCCAGGCUUCCUUCUGGGCCAGACGCCAGCGUCCAUUUGGUACUGGUGUGCAGACCAAGUCAUUGUGCAAAGGGUGUUAGCUGCUAAGAACAUUGCCCAUGCCAAGGGGUCAACACUCAUGGCUGGCUUUCUGAAGGUUCUGCCCAUGUUCAUCAUAGUAAUCCCGGGCAUGAUUUCUCGAAUCCUCUUCCCCGAUGAACUGGUCUGCAUCAGCCCUGAGCAUUGCCUGCAAGUGUGUGGCAGCCAAGCUGGCUGCUCCAACAUUGCGUACCCUCGCCUGGUCAUGAAUGUGAUGCCCGUGGGACUGCGUGGUCUCAUGAUGGCUGUGAUGAUUGCAGCCCUUAUGAGUGACCUGGACUCCAUCUUCAACAGUGCCAGUACCAUCUUCACACUGGACAUCUACAAAAUGCUGAGGAAGGGCUCGUCCUCCAGAGAGCUGGUGGUGGUUGGGAGGCUCUUUGUGAUCUUCAUGGUGGCCAUCAGCAUCGCCUGGGUCCCUGUCAUCAUAGAAAUGCAAGGGGGACAGAUGUACCUGUACAUCCAGGAGGUGGCUGGUUACCUCACUCCCCCUAUUGCAGCCCUCUUUCUCCUUGGUAUCUUCUGGUCACGCUGCAAUGAGACCGGUGCUUUCUGGGGGGGGAUGACCGGCUUUGUUCUGGGGUCCAUCCGCUUGAUCCUCGCCUUCAUUUACCGGGAACCACGCUGCGAUCGGCCAGACAACAGGCCGACCUUCAUCACCAGCAUCCACUAUAUGUAUGUCGCCACAGCCCUGUUCUGGCUCUCUGGCCUAGUGGCAGUGGUGGUCAGCCUUGCCACGGAGCCUCCCAAAAAGGACCAGAUUAUUCGUUCAACUAUCUGGGGGCUGCGGAACAGGGAGAAGCUGUCGGCUAAGCACAAGGAAGAAGCCUACAAGCUGACUGACAAGAGCCCCAGCCACUGCAAUGGCACUGGCGGCCUCCACAAGGAGCUUCCACUGGGCCUCCAGAAGGAGCUGUGUGUGGAUGGGGCUGAAGUAAAGCUACUAGUUGCGCAUAACAGUGACUGCACCAUAAGCUCUGACACGCCUACACCUGUAGACCGCUACAACAACAACAAUGGCCAGGUGGGCCUCGUGCGACAGGACAGCUCCGACGAGGGUGGCUGUGGAGGAGAAGGGGGGAGGUGCGUCAAGGUGAUGGACUGGUUCUGUGGUUACAAGGAGCAAGCCACAAAGGACCAGCGAAUGAGUGUGGAGGAUGAGGAGCGACUCAUUCAGGAGAUGCUGUAUGAGUCUCCCAGGAUCAAGGUCAUCCUCAACCUGACUCUCUUAGUGGUCUGUUCUUUAGGGAUCUUCAUGUUUGUGUACUUCUCCUUGUAGCUCCCUUUGGAGGGAGGAAAGCAAUUUUGGGUCUGUAAUAUUUACAGUUAGCUACUGUGGUUCAUUAUAAAGCAAUCUGCUUUAAGCAGUGGGGAUAUAUAUAUAAUAUAACAGAUCAUGGAAGGUUUUGAGCAGGUAUGACACUGUAUAUAAUACCUACCAUUACCAAAAUUAUUUGGGGACUGUAUUUAUUUUUAAUAAGUUGAACUGUUCUAGAAAAGCCUUUUUGUGAAUUUUGUCUUAUGUGCUCUGGGGUCUACUGGAGUACCCCCCCCCCCCCC